AUGCCACCUAAAAGGAGGAAACUUUUUGGACGGCACACGGCAGCUGUCUCCGCUACUAGAGCAGCGAGGGUGAGUGAAACCUCUGAACAGACUUCUUUGUAUCUUUCACGGAUGUCCUCAAGCUCAGCUGCUCGCUUAUCUACAGAAAGCGCAGCUGCGCGGACUGAAAGGUUGGCUUCAGUGGCUUCAACCAUGUCUGCACACCGCACCAGGCUUUCAGUUGAAGAACAUUCACUUCAGAAUUCACAGGACGCAGUCCGCAUGGCUAGGUUGAGGGCUUCACAGUCCCCAGCACAGAAAACCCUUCGUCGUUUGCAGGAUGCCACUGCCAAAGCUUGCUCCAGGGGUUUAGAAAGCCCUGAACAAACAACUUCACGUUGUCUUAGGAAUACUAGGGCUACAGCCACAUCUAGAGCUUCGAAAAAACCCCAAGAAACCGCUCAUCAUCGCUUUAGAAAUGCCCUAUCCAACGCAUCUGCCAGAGCCUUAGAAAGCCCUGCACAGACCACUGUUCAUCGCGUUAGAAAUGCCCACUCUACUGCAUCUGCUAGAGCCCUAGAAAGCCCUGCAAAAACCAGUUUGUCAUGUUAG